CUAGGGUGGGCUACUUUGUUUUUCUCCCGAGGCUUUUAAUUUUCCUUGUUUUUUGCUUCGGGCCAAGUGUCGCUCACUAAAAACUGAGAUUCCCUUGCCAAAUCCCCUAGUAGCCCAGCCGUUGAUUUCUGGGGCUCGGAGUCGCCGGGUGCUGCUAGCGCUCGGGACGCGCAGGCGAGAGGAGCAAAGCGCGUCGCGGGCGGGGACCCGAAGCUCGCUCGACCGCUCGUCUGUCCCCCAGCGGGUGUUCUAGCUCAGGGCGCAGGACGCGCGCGAUGAAGGCGGUGAGCCCAGUGCGCCCCUCGGGCCGCAAGGCGCCGUCGGGCUGCGGUGGCGGCGAGCUGGCGCUACGCUGCCUGGCGGAGCAUGGCCACAGCCUGGGUGGCUCAGCAGCCGCCGCCGCCGCCGCGGCAGCAGCGCGCUGCAAGGCGGCCGAGGCGGCGGCCGAUGAGCCGGCGCUGUGCCUGCAGUGCGAUAUGAACGACUGCUACAGCCGCCUGCGGAGGCUCGUGCCCACCAUCCCGCCUAACAAGAAAGUCAGCAAAGUGGAGAUCCUGCAGCACGUUAUCGACUACAUCCUGGACCUGCAGCUGGCGCUGGAGACGCACCCUGCUCUGCUGAGACAGCCGCCACCGCCCGCGCCACCGCUCCACCCGGCCGGGGCUUGUCCAGUAGCGCCGCCGCGGACCCCGCUCACCGCACUCAACACUGACCCGGCCGGCGCCGUGAACAAGCAGGGCGACAGCAUUCUGUGCCGCUGAGCCACGCUGGCCAGGUGUGCGGCCGCCUGAGCACGAGCGAGCCAGGAGCCCUAGAAAGGGAGGGCCAGAGCCGAAAUUAAAAGGAAAAAAAAAAAAAAAAAGAAAGAAAG